AUGAAAACUGAUAGAUUACUGAUUAACGCUUCCCCGGAGACAUGUACCAAGGGAGAUGCUGAGAUGGAUACUAUGGAUACUAUUGACAGAAUGACAUCAGUUAAAGUUUUAGCGGAAGGCAAGGUAUUAAGCAACUUCGAAGAACCGGGCUUAAUGAGGUGCGGUUAUCAUGAUGCAAAAAACUGGGUCAGAAGAUUAUCGAGCGAAACAAUUGUCGGUGAGGACACGAGUAAUUUAUACCCAUUUUAUGUUGAUACUGCAUACGAUGUAAGGCGUUUGAGAAAGGAUCUUAUAAAUGCUAAGGUUGACUUGCAGGUUGAAAACCUGAUAAUAAUCUGCAAUAUUAAUGAUAUUUCCACUGUAUUUCUCAUGAGAGAAGUGGUGGAAUGGAUCUUACGCAAUUUCCAUUCAAUAACUGUAUAUGUACAAGAUAUUUUUAAAAAGUCAACUCAGUUUGCUGUUGGUGACCUCUGCAAAGACAGCAAUUGCAGUAAAAACAGAGUAAAGUAUUGGUCAAAAGAAUUUGUUAAAAAACACGAUUCAUUCUUUGACUUGAUGAUUACACUAGGGGGUGAUGGAACUGUCCUUUUUGCUUCAUCUAUAUUCACGAAAGAUGUUCCGCCGAUUGUUCCAUUUGCCCUUGGAUCAUUAGGAUUUCUAACAAAUUUUGAAUUUCAAAAUUUCAAAGAAACGUUGAAACAUAUCUUAACAGAUGAGGUUCGUAUUAAUUUACGAAUGAGGUUGCAAUGCAAACUCUACCGUAGAAAUAAACCAGAAAUUGAUGCCGCAACUGGGAGAAAAAUAUGUUACAUCGAUUUCAUCUCCGAACAUCACGUAUUGAACGAAGUAACCAUAGAUAGAGGUCCAGCUCCUUGUUUAUCCCUAUUAGAACUCUAUGGAAACGACUCACUAAUGACUAAGGUUCAGGGAGAUGGAUUGAUUGUUGCCACGCCUACGGGAUCCACGGCAUACUCAUUGAGUGCAGGAGGCUCUUUAAUAUCGCCAAGCGUAAAUGCCAUAGCGGUGACGCCUAUAUGUCCUCAUACUUUGAGCUUUAGGCCUAUAAUUUUACCAGAUAGCAUGGAAUUAAAAGUUAGAGUAGAUAUGAACUCAAGAGGGACGUCGUGGGUGAAUUUUGACGGAAAAGAUAGAGUUGAAUUGAAACAGGGUGACUAUGUUGUGAUAACUGCAAGCCCCUAUUCGGUACCGACUAUCGAGUCAUCUGCCAGUGAAUUUUUUGAAAGUAUCAGUAAAAAUCUUAAUUGGAAUGACCGCGAAGAGCAGAAGCCAUUUGCACAUAUUCUCUCGCCAAAAAAUCAAGAAAAAUAUAGAUUAGACUCAUCGAAAAAUGGAAACGACACCAUAAGUAAUCCCCUCGAGAGUUCAUGCAUAAGCUCAGAUGCACAAGAUGAGGAGAGGAAAUCCGUAACGGAAACAGAAACAGAAAUAGUUGUUGAACGGACUCGUCAGGCUCAUUUUGCAAUCUAA